AUGCUUUUCUCGUUCUUCGUCGUCGCUGCCGUUGGUCUCGGUCAAGCUCUCGCCAGUCCUACUGAGCUCGUUGACAGGGCCCAACCUGAAAUCGUCAGCUGCUACAACGUUGGCACUAAAUCUGACCGUACGCCAUUCGUGGCUGCAAUUGACCAGUGGGCUGCGGAAAUUAUUGAAAACCCGCCUCUCGCCAACAGAAAGGUCAUCGGAACGACCCUUCACGAUGGUCAAGAAGUCAGCACCGUCUUCGAAUUCGGUGCUGUGGAUUAUUGGCUCUCUGCAAAAGCUAUCAAUGGGUGCUCCUUCACCAUCGACAGCAACUGUAACCGUCUCCUUCGUCUCCCAGUCGACCAGUGCAACACCAGCGGUGAAAAUGGUAAACAGGUGAGUGGUUGACUGGUUCUCGCCGCGUUGCGAGGUCAACUUAACUAACGGGUCUGUGCGUAGGGUGGUGUUAUGACCGACCCUUGUGGUCAAUGGACUGCUGAUCCUGGAGCCAACGGCAAUCCUUUCUGAGGACAUCCGGUCGGGCUACAGCCCUAGAAAGAUAUCAAAAGUACUACCAGAUAUUCACGCAGAUGGGCCGCCAACCUAAAGCUUUCGUCCAGACUUCUGGGUUCUGCAAUUCUUUUCUUUUCUUGCUCUUCAUAUAAACACAAAACCUUAAAAAAUACGUUUUCGUAGCCUGUAGAGUUAUUGAAUGAUUAUUUCCGGUCUGGUAAUGUUCGAGCGCGCAAUAACCUCCCCUAAAGUUGGUCCGUGC